AUGUACCAUGAACGAGAUGCCAGCUCUACAUGCAUCGCCUCCCCUGCAAUAAAACUGCCCUCUUCCGCAGCGUUCUGUCUGUUUUAUCGUUUUUGCGCAUUCUUUUCGCUCAUCUUAUACCUUGCGUUUCCUGUAACUAUGUAUCACAAUCAGAACCAAGGUGGUUGGCCAAGAGGCGGAGGACGAAGAUGGCGUGGUAAUGGUGGCGACAGAAAUAGGUUCAACAAUCGGCGGAGUCCAGAUAGAAGACAAAGCCCACCGAGGGAUUUUGGCAGAGACCAGUACCAUCAGUCUCAUAGAUCCUGGUCUCCAGAAUCGUCCAGACAGGAGCAGUGGUAUCCCUCUCCAAACCGUCGGUAUCAAGAAAGAUCCUCACCCGAGCAGUAUUACUUCCAAAAGCGGAGACCACGAACUCCGGAUCGGAGGUCACCUAGACCAGGCAGAUAUUUCCCUGUUUUCAGAAGGUCGUUUAGUCCGGUUCAGAGGCAUCAAAUGAACCGGCCAUUCCACUCAAACGAAAGCUUCAGAAGAUCCCCAAGUCUGGAAAGAAACUAUCGAGGAGGAUCACAAAACUUUUCAAAUGCAUCACAAACAUCGGAUCAGCAAUUCCACUCAAAUAGAUGUCCAGCUCAUGAGCCAAGACAAUUCGAGAACGAUUACCAUUAUCACUCAAGAUCCCCGAGUUUUGAUAGAAGAUCCACGCAGAAUCAACGACGAUCCUCGAGUCCAAGGAACUAUGAACGUCAAGGAUACUUUCAACGAUCUUCAAGUCCAGAAUCAGGGUCUCCCGGGGGAUACAGACCAAGAUCCCAGAGCCCGCCUGCACGCCAUCCAAACUUUGAGGACAGAUAUCCACAGCCACCAAGCGACAACUACACACCGAUGCGAUCUCUAAAAAGUCCUGAAAUUGAUCCAAUUGAUUUCGACCGCUUACGAAUCGAAUUGCUGAAGCCUGAACCAGUGUACGUAUAUCGUCGUCAACUAGAACCAAUCCCAAAUCAGCAGAAUAAUGUCAUCGACAACGAACCAUGGGUCCCCGACACCGCCCAAGCCAACGAUGUCCCGAGUUGCCUCUUCCACACGAACGGCUACAAGAACGCCAUCAAAUCCCGUCCUAUGCGAGAAAUUUGCAAUGAAAGCUACGUCAAUCGGAAGAUCAGACGCCCGUGUGUUUUCUGCAACAAGCAGCACUCUGUGGAUGAAUGUCAUGAAAUAACGAAUGUGGAGAAGCGAAGAGAGUUUCUGGAAGAUGCGGGAAUCUGCACCAGAUGUCUUGGAAGGCAUUCCAUUCGGAAUUGUUUCAAUCGAGCGCAUUAUGAAUGCGAUUAUUGUAGUGAUGAGGAUCCUGAUGUUGAGCCUCACCACUCGUGUUUAUGUCCACUGCCGGGGACGAAAACGGAGUUUGUCGAUAUGAGCUUGUUUAACUUUUAAAUUAUCACAAUUUUUUUUCAAAUUGUUCAAUGUUUGUUAUUUUUCUAUAUUUGUAUUGUUUUCUUUUUUCUGUUUCAAGUUCAAGGAAGAUAAAUAAAUGAUGAUACUGU